AUGGGUACUUGCUAAAAUAUAUGUAAAUAAUAAGACAAUGAAAGAGAAUGUACAAUCUUGACUAAAACUAAAACCAAUAAAGGAUAAGAAUCAGAUAGAGAAUCUAAAACUGAUCCUUAUUUCUCUUAGUAAUUAUUUAUAAGAGAUGAUUCUAUUGCUGAAGAAAAUAAUUGUUACAUUUCCUAAAAACAACCUUGUUUUAUUAAAACUAAAGAAAUAGCCUUUGUAUAAACUCACACUGAUAGGAAAAAUCGAUUUGAAAACGAUAUUAAACUUGAAAUUAGAUAUAAAAUAUAAUAGAUGUAAUAUUAAUCAUAUUUUUAGAAAAUUGUAGGAAGAAGAAGAGUUAAGAAAUUUAUAAGAAUAAUACUUAUAAGAAAUUAAACAAAAAGAAGAAUAAGUAUAAAAAGAAUAAGUACUUGAUAACUAAUUUUCAUUCUAAAAUUCAAUGAAACAAUCUUUAUCAGAAUUACCUAAUAAUUAAUAAACAUCUAAUCCUUAUUUACCAAGAUAGACAUCUUAAUUUGCACCUAAAAAACCAGAUGUUGAUACUGUUUCUUAGAAAUCUUAAAUAUCUAAAACUCCAACAUAGAAAGAUUAACAAAUAUCUCCUAAAUCUGAAAUGAUGAAGAAGUCUGCUUUAAAAAAAAUUAUAAUUCAACGUGAAGAAUUAUAAAGUAAUAAUGCAAGUUAUGGAACAUAAAAAUCAGUUUAUUCUAAAAAAGUUAAAUAAUUAGAAGCUUUUGAAAAAAUGUUUAGUGAUUAUUAUUCAUAAGAUGAAAGAAGUCAAAGUGGUAGUCAUAAGACAUAAAAGAGUGUUAAAAGUAUUUUAAAAAAGAAUAAAUCUCUAUCUUAAAGAAGUAUAUCAAUGGGUAAAAAUUCAAUAAAAUCAACUCAUACUGUUUUUAAAAAUAGAAAUUAAAAAAAAGUACGAUUUUCUAAUGAUACUAAUUUUAAUAAUGAAAGAAAAGGACUUAAUAGGAUAAGAAAAAGUUGGUGGGAUUGGUGA